UCUGUGAAUGACAAUAAGAUGGCAAAAGAACAUUGCGAGAAGGCACUUACCAUCAGCAGAGAGUGUGGAGACAGAAAAGCCGAAGCAGGAAUUUACCACGUCCUUGGAAAUCUAUCCGAUGUUCUCGGUGAAAGUGGCAAGGCAGAAGAUUACUUAAAGAAAGCUUGUUACCUAAGCAGCCAAAUUGGAGAUGAAAUGACUGAGUUUCAAAGCCUUCUCAGCAUUGCACUAUUAAAGAUAUCGCAGUCAGAGGUUGUGGAGGCAAAGGAAUGUCUUCUUCGAUGUAUUGGAAAAUAUGAGCAAAUCAGAUUUUUUCUGAAAGGAAACAGUGAAUUUCAAAUAUUUUUGUCAGAGGAACAUGGUACUUUUCCCUACCAGUUACUCACUGACAUGCUUUGCAUUACUGAAAAAGUUCGAGACGCUCUUUAUGUUGAGGAGCUGGGACGAGCAAGAGUCCUCGGAGAAUUCAUGGCAGACAAGUACUUCCUGGAAAGUCACAAAGCUGAUCCACGAUCAGGGUUCAAGAUGGAAAAUAUCGUGAAAAGAAAAAGUAAGUCUGAUUUUCUGUAUAUUUCGUAUAGAGAGCGGCAAGUUAUUCUCUGGGUUUUAAAACCAAACGGAGACAUUUGGUUUCGAGUAACAGACGAAGUGAAAAUAAACACUCUUAUUGCUGAGCAAGUUUGCGAUGUGGAAGGAGUUUUCAAAAAGAGCGCCGCCGGCUUUGGCGUUUUACCCGCAGCGAACUGCGAAGAUCGAUCUUUGAAUGACAACGAGACGACAUCUCUUUUUGAAGAGAGCCGAGCAAAUUUGCGAGGUGACGAAACCAAAGAUACCGAAAGAACUCAUCAUUUGUGCUACAAAUGGAUCAUCGCACCUGUGGCAGAUUUGCUGACAGAGCCUGAAAUCAUCAUUGUGCCGGAUCGAUUCUUGUACCGAGUCCCAUUCGCUGCCUUGCGAGAUGAACCAGGUGGAAAGUAUUUAUCGGAGAAGUACCGAAUACGCAUCGUCCCUUCUCUGACGACUCUCCGUCUUAUUCAAGAAUGUCCUGCAGACUAUCACAGUAUAAGUGGUGCUCUGGUUGUGGGUGAUCCUACGGUUGGCAAAGUGCAUUACAAUGGCCGUCUCAUCGAUAUUACAGCAUUGUUCCAUGCAAGAGAGGAAGCAGAGAAAAUUGGUCGACUGCUGGGCGUCGAGCCUUUGUUAGGAAGUCGCGCAACAAAGCAGGCGGCACUUCAAGCAAUACCCUCAGUGAGUCUAAUACAUCUUGCCGCACAUGGAAAUGCCGAAAGAGGAGAGAUUGCCCUCUCUCCUUCAUCCACCACGAACAGUAUUCCACAAGAGAAAGACUAUCUCCUGACAAUGUCCGAUAUCCAAGGAGUUCAAGUACGAGCUAAACUGGUAGUACUUAGCUGUUGUCACAGUGGGCGUGGAUUGGUAAAAAAAGAAGGAGUUCUCGGAAUCGCUCGAGCAUUCUUAGCAUCCGGUGCACGUUCAGUGUUGGUAGCAUCGUGGGCUAUAGAAGACGAAGCAACGAAACAGCUCAUGAAACAUUUCUAUGAACACCUUGUUCGUGGAGAAAGUGCCAGUGAAUCUCUUCACCAGGCUGUCCAAUGGUUGCGAAGCAACAGCUUUCCCAAACCUUCCCAAUGGGCUCCGUUUGUGCUUAUGGGGGAUAACGUGACCUUUGAUUUUAUGAAAAAAGGGAAAAAGGAACUCAAGGAGGACAGCGGCAAUGGGACAGAGAAGGAACAGAGUGAUGACUAGUCCUACACAAAGAUUCUUCUUCUUGCACAUUGUCUUAAAAUGGACGCUGGUAUCACUUUGCGUAGAUAUUUUUCAUCUUUUUUUUAAGUCAGGUUGUGAGUUUUUGCAUGCUUUUUUAAACAGGGUCGAAUCGAAAGCAAACUGAGCGACAAUGAAACCUGAAAUUCAGCUGUUAGAUCUAUUAAGUAUAUUACUAGAGCACUUAAGUAAAUUGGGAUGGGAAAAUUGAACGCAGGAAAUUAGAUAAAUGUUUAAAAAUGUGAGAGUGUCGACAAAGUUUCGUUCAACUCAAAAUUAAUUACAUUGACCUGGUUCUUAAUUCUCCGGAGCUUGCGGACGUCAUCAUCAAACAGUGAUAAACAUAGGCAUGCCACGCAUGCAGGAGUUAGGUUUUGGUUGGGUAGGUUGAGGUGAGACACUUUGUGUGACUAAAUUUUUUACAUUCUUGUAAAAGAAAAAUGGUAUUAAUCUGCAAAACAACGAAAUGAUGUUGCAUUUCUUUACUCUAAGAAAAAGGAAAACAACCUUCUAAUUUAUCUGAA